GGAAUGGAUCACUGGGCGAAAACAAUGUAAUCCACAAGGCACACCGGGACACGAAACCACGUGACACCAAACCAAACUACAGAAGAAGAAAGAACGCAUGCGCACUAGUGCGUCGUCUUCCGGCUUCCGAGGCUCAGCCGUGGGUUUCUCUCCUCGUUGUAGCAAUGAAGUCACAUUGUUUACCGGCUAACUGCUACCACAACCUGCAAUUAAGCUAAGUGAAUCAUUUUCUCCACUUAGCUAAUUUGCUUCCCAGCUCCCAAACUAUUACCAGGCAGCUUUUUCACAAAGCAACGAUCUCUCACUGCUUUUACUUUGUAGUUUCGCACCAUAUGAUACAACAUUAAAAAAAAAAAAAGUCCAGCUUGUGAGGCCUCAUCCUCCUCUUCCUCCCGGGGUGCUGAGUAAGACUCUUGGACAGGAAGUGGGUGUCUUGAGGGGGAAUGUGGUCUUCUCUCACUCCCUCCUGAGGAUUCAAACAGUGGUCUUGUUGUGCUAGCUUUUCAUUGGUGCUGACCUUUCAAACGUAACCAAACAAAAAUACUGACAACUUCUAGUAUAUCAAGCUUGCUUUUUCAAAUGAGUCGCUCUUUUUCCACCAUUCUGUGAGCCCCUCCUCUUUGCAUCCGUACUCCGCAUUAUUUUCAACGCUUCCGCUGUCCAAACACAACUGACCCGGGGAGAGGUCGCGCUGCAUUUCCUGUGACAACUUCAGAAUAAACGAAAACUCGUAAAAGCUUUCAACGGCUUGAAAGCAAAGGUAGAUACUUUAUUCAUCUUCAAGAGAAAUUCACAUUUCCAGCAGGUCAGUGUCAUAAUGAACUCAAUCACUUAAUCGCAAAAUAAAACAACCAAGGCAAGACAUAAGAGAUAAGAAUAUAGGAUAAGAAUAAAUAAAUAAACACACGUCAAAUUUGUAGUAAUCCAUCUUCUAUGUCGCUUAUCCUAGUUAGGGUCGUGGGGGUAUGCUGGAGCCUAUCACAGCUGACUUCGGGUGAGAGGCGGGGUACACCUGGUCGCAGGGCACAUAUAGACAAACAAUCAUUCACGCUUACAUUCGUACCUAUGGACAAUUUAGAGUCAGUUAAAGCUAAGAGUCGGUUGCCAGUUAACCUAACAUGCAUGUUUUUGGAAUGUGGGAGGAAACCAGAGUACCCGGAGAAGACCCACACACACACACGGGGAGAACAUGCAAACGCCACACAGAGAUGCCCGAGGGAGAUUUGAACCCAUAUCUUCCUGAUCUCCUGACUGUGUGGCCAACAUGCUAACCAAACGGCCACCGUAAUGAGUAAUAAUAAUAAUAAUAAUAAUAAUAAUAAUAAUAAGUAGGUAACAAGUCCUGUCCUGUGUGUGUUUCACCGCUCCCCCUCUGUUGUGUUGAAAGCCGCAUGGCGUGGGCGAGGAAUGGUCUGCUCAGUCUUUCAGUGGAGCAGGACAGUGAUAGUAAUCUGCCACUGAAGCUGCUCUUCUGUCGGGAGAUGAUGCUGUGCCUUGGAUGAUGUGCUUGUCCAUGAUGGAAAGGAGCCUCCUCAGUGUCCUUUGCUCUGCCACAGAUGUCAGGCUGUCCAGCUCAGUGCCAAUGACACAGCCUGCCUUCCUCACCAGUUUGUCCAGUCGUGUGGCGCCCUUCUUCUUGCGGCUGCUUCCCCGGCACACUACUGCAUACAAGAGGGCACUAGCUACCACGGUCUGGUAGAAGAUCUGUAGCAGCUUCUUGCAUACGUUGAAGGACGCCAGCCUUCUGAGGAAUUAUCUGCAGGAGAUACUGUAAUUACCUUUCUGGAUUAACGGUAACACAAUACAGCAGUUUUUUUCCUCUGCAGAUGUUGCCUUCCACCAGAGUUGGAUCACUGCAGUCCCCAAAUAGGGACUGACAUACCUUAUAAGAAGUGCGUCACAAAAGUUUCAGGACCGGUGUCACAAGAGAUAUAUUUCAAUCCAAACUACGUGGUUCUCGCCCGGAAAAGGGUGGAGUGCCAUCUCUGGUUCGGAGAUGAGAUCCUGUUGCAAGUGGAGGAGUUUAAGUACCUGGGGUCUUGUACACGAGUGAGGGAAGAAUGCAAAAUUGACAUAUUGAAUGAUGUGGCGUCUGCAUUGUUGGGACUCCGCAUCCAUCUAUUGUAGUGAAGACAGAGAUGAGCUGAAAGGCAAAGUUCCCAAUUUACCGGUUGAUCUAUGUUCCCACCCUCAACUAUGCUCACGAGCUUUGGGCAGUGACCGAAAGGACAAGAUUGUAGGUACAAAUGGACAAAAUUUGUUUUCUGGGUAGGGUGGCUGGGCUCUCCCUUAAGCCUAAUUCACAGCCGGUCGUACAGGCUCGUAGGGCGGGUGUAUGUGCAAAAAAGCGCAAGAAACACACGGAGGGUGCGUUGGUGACGUGCUGAUUUUUAGACUGCCCCCAGAGGUUCCUUGUCAUGUCAAGCUCCGUGGGCGCUCACGCUUUUUAAGGGUUGCAAGACAAGCUUACACACUUCAUACGUCUUCAUGUCGUGUUUUCGUACAUUUUUCUGGUGUCAGGUUUGGGCAAGAUGUACAUUUUUUUUCUUCUCUGCUUAAGCUGCUGCCCCUGCAACCCGACCUCGGAAAAUCGGAAGAAGAUGGAUGGAUGUAAAAACAUGAAUCUAACAUUCUACGUUUUAGAUUUUUUUUUAAAUUGUCAAUAUAUUGGUCAGUUUUAAGACUACUUCUAAGACACUUGGCCAGGAUUGGUUGUAUUACAAUUAGUAGUAGUAGCACCUCGUUGAUAGAAAAUAUUUAAUAUUUUGUUGUUUUCCAAUUGAAAAAAAAUGGGUAGUCUACUAAAAACACAAAACAGAUAUUCUGUUAAUUAUUUGAUUUCCAUAUUAAAAAUAUAUACUGUAUGUUAUGCCUCAAUAUGGUGAAAAUAUCAUUUUUGAAGGCGAAUUAAUGGUUAAUUUAGUGUUGUGUGCCUGUGCAGUGUGUGCGUGCGUGCAUUUUGCACUUAAAGCCAGUAAUGUGCAGCGUAACCACAGUGUAAUUCAAGUUAUUUUCACUGCUCUGUCGCCACCUUCUCUUUCCUUCCUUGUCCCGCACCUUCUCUGUCCUCCCCUUCCUAAAACAUGCUGAUACAAUUAAACAAUUCUAUUCAAAGUUUGCUUGCGCGCUACAUUCCUCCACAGCGGCCAUGAUGGAGCUCUCAGCAGCUGUAAUAUAAUUGAGCUCCAGUCGGUGGAAAAAUCUGUAAUUCAUUACUUUAAAAAAAGACAAAAAAAGAAACUAAAGGGUUGGGGGUCUGCUCUGACCCAUUUCUGUGCUGCCGGAGACUGUAAAUUAAAUAUCUGUUAUUCUACAGACCUCCAGCUUCUUUUCCUUGCGCCCUCGUCAAAGUGCAGAUUUACAUUCUGUCUGGUCUGUGGUUGCUAUUUUAGACAUGUUUCUUUGGUGUGGGGGCGGCGAGGAGAGCACCCCUUACACACACACACACACACACACACACACACACAUACAUACUGGACUAUAGAACCGCUCCCCGUAAAGAGUGUUUGGUGUUUGUCUUUGGAGAAGUUCUGGUUUUGGUUUGUUGUUCUCUUCUCAUGUUGAUCACCCAGCAUUUCAUCCUCUUGCCUUGAUUAGAGAGAAUUAUUUAUAUUGUUUUCAUUUGAGAAGCUUUUGGAUACUUGCUGGGAUAGUAUCCCAUUUAAACAAAAACAAAAAUAAGAUUUUUGUUUAACUUGAUGCUAAUUUCAUGUUCAGGACUUGAGGAAGAGAUGAUUGGACGUGUCAGGCUGUCAUCCUAUGACAGGUGUGUCCUGAGUACGACCCGGGGGGGGCAUAUGCGGCCUGUUUUUUAUUGGCCCGUGGCACAUUGUAGAAAUAGAAUUAAACAAAACAAAAAAAACAGCAAAAAUGUGAAAAACAGAGCCAAUGCUGAGUGGCGAAUAUGCCAGGAUCCACUGUACAGUAGACUCUCAGUAGUCUGUGUAUUUUGGUUACAUUUGGUUUCCAAUACAAUGGUCGUCAUAGAUCAGGGGUGUCCAUAGGGUACACUGAAAAUCAAAGGAUGUGGGGGUCCGUUUUCAUAUUUUUAUAUAUUGUUGAAAUUUGUAAAAAGGCUAUAAAAAAAAUGUUAAAAAAAACCUGAUCUAUACAGGGUGUCCCAAAAAACGUAGCAGCUGAUAACUCAAUUGUUUGUUUUUCCUUUGCAAAUGAAACACAUUGGAAUGAAUGACGGCAGCCAGACUGAAUUUUGAGGAAAGGAAAUUCAUUCUAAAAAAGCGUGACUGCACACAAACACCAAGGGAUUGUUUCAUGAUGUGUGCGGGUCCGUCGCUUCGCGAUGUCAGCAGUGUCCAACGGACCAGAACGCACGUCCGUUUGAGAACAGGCGAUGACAAAACAAUCAAAUGAUGUUUAUAAAUUCUAUGACAUUUUGAAAAUUGAACAAAUUCUAAUAAACACCAAGGUUACAAUUAUUACACCUUGUAUAUAUUUAAAGACAAAGCUUUGUUUUAUUAUUACGUAUUAGUAUCAACAUUGUAGCUUCUUCUCUUUACAUUUGUUCCUUUUUGCUCUAUUUUUUCCAUUUUUGCUGGGCUUUUUAGUUUAAUUCUAUUUUUACAACGUGCCAAAAAACAAGCUGUGGGCCGCAAAUGACCCCCGACUCGCACUUUGGACACCCAUAUCAUAGAUGUCCUAUGCAUAGAACAUAUGGAGUUACUUCUCCGUAACAUGUAGUGCUUGAGCUUGAUUGCGUGGCGUAAUGUGCUUAGAAUAAAAAGACACUUCAUUAUUUACACCAGACCUGUGAUGAAUGCUCUUACUGGACAAGUCAGCGUUGAUAGUUUUGGCUCCGCUUCAGUGUGUCAACCUUCCCCGCCUCACUUGAGUGUUUUUACUGGUGCACUCUUACAUGUCCAAGUCUUCUGGAUGGCGUUAUGAGGGUAUUGUUUGCGUGGACCCCAGCCAUGGCUGCAGAAAUCAACAUUGUUUACAUUCCAUCUGUGUCACAACAGCAGAAUCUCCAGGAUUUGGUCUCUCUGCGCUAAAUAAUGGAGAACAGACCCGUGUAUCAUCUGCCAGCGUUUUGGCCUUCAUGCGUUCCUUUUUUUCCCGCUCCUCUGUUCUUUACAUGCUACAUAAACUUGUUGGUUACAUUUGGUAAUUGUCGUCGUCGCCGCAAAAUGACACGACGGCUUAAGAUGUGGCCUUGCAGGCUUGUCAGCUCUGUAGGUCUGAAUUCUCAAUGAGCGUCUUCAAACUGUGCGAGAGGCGUACUUUUUGGCUGUCCGAUUGCUACUUUUAGAUCCAUUUUAGAGGACGCGCGGUGUUUAUUGUUUGGACACAAUCGGAGGGUGUGGUUAUCAUUAACUGUAACCCAGUUUCACUUUGGGGGACGUAAAAGAGAAUGACCUAAAAGUUUGUUGCAUCAUGUGGUCCGGGCUCUUGAUGUGAGUGUCAGUGCUGAAUGUCCUCAUGUAACCCUCGCUAAAAACGAACCGCGCUCUAUUUUAAAAGGCGAAUCACGAAUAAGGAAAGUAUCUGUCCAACAAAAAUGCACAAAAUAUAUGCUCUCAAACAAAGCAUGUGCUCUUCAAGCCUUGUUCGAGCAUUCAGUCAGUGUGUCUCCACAAAGAUCUAUAAUUUACUUUGGCUUUUGGUUGGCGGGCCAAAGAGGAGCUCUCUCUGCUGUCUCAGUCAGGCGGCAGCAGAUUUGCAGGCUUUCAAAUGCCUUUUUUUAGAACGCUUGCAGCUUGAUAUUGGGGAUGUCCGAAAUUACACAGAAUAUUAUUGAAGGUCCAUACACAAGAGAUAGUGGGCCUACACAGGAGAUUAUUGUGUUCUGAUAUAGGUAAUUGUCUGUGUCUGUUCUAGGCCUACAUAGGACAUUGUUGCCGGUCUAUACACCAGAUUAUGUUUGUUCUAUACAUGAUCUUAUUCUUGGUCUGUACAUGAGAUUAUUAUCGACAUGCACAGGCGAUCAUUGAAGGGCCAUACGCGAGAGAUUGUGGGCCUACACAGGAGAUUGUUGUCGUCCUAUACAGGAGAUUAUUCUGCCUACACAGAAGAUUGUUGUAAACCUAUACAGGAGAUUAUUCUGCCUUCACAGGAGAUUGUCGUCGUCCUAUACAGGAGAUUAUUCUGCCUUCACAGGAGAUUGUUGUCGUCCUAUACAGGAGAUUACAGGAGAUGUUCUGUGUCUAUACAGAGGACUGUUCUAGGCCUAUAUAGGAGAUACUUGCAGGUCUAUACAUCAGAUUACACGAGAUUAUUCUUGGUGUAUGCAUGAGAAUUUUAUUGAAAUUCAGGAGAUUAUUGUAGGUCCAUACAAGAGUCUGUCGGCCUAUACAAUAGAUUGUUGUAAACCUAUUCAUGAGAUGAUUCUAGGCCUACUCAGGAGGUUAUUGUCCAGGUAUGAAAUGAUGCAUUAUCAUAGUCUGCUAUACCAUAUAUUGUUGUAAUCCUAUACAGGAGUUUGUUGUAGGUCUGCACAGGAACUUGUGAUAGGCUCAUCCAUGAUAUUUAUGUAGUCUUAUGGAGGAGGUUGUUGGAAUUCUAUACGGUGACCAUUUGUGUUGAACAACACUUUGGAAAUUCAACUCAACUGAAAAGGUUGCUCAAGAAAAGGACUGGUCAUAGUUAUUUUUACUCUUGUUAAUGAAAUUUCCAGCCUCUUAGCCUUUACAGUUAGUGACGCAGUGCGAAGAAUUCCCUCUUUGAAGCCAAGCGUGUCGCCAGAUCCAGAUCCAGAUUCGGUGUGAGUGUUGCAAAGAUGUGUCAUGCAUGAUAAGCAACCCAGUGGGUGUCGUAAUCUUCCUGUGUCUGUUCUAGGUUCUCCCACGGCCCGGCUUACAUGCCACGCAUCUGCCGGCUGGAUGUUCCGCUCAUGUUGUUGCUCAUGUUUUCUCUAAAAGGUCCUGCAGUACGUAGUCUACACAUGGUGGAAAACUGCCGCCUCUGCAUCCGUCUAUACUCUGCCUCGGAGGGGAGAGUCAACGGCGGGGAGGAUUUCUUUCAAAAGAUUAUGGAUGAAACUCAAACGCAGAUAGCCUGGCCCUCCAAACUCAAGAUCGGCGCAAAGUCGAAAAAAGAUCCACACAUCAAGGUGUGCGGCAAGCGGGAACACGUGAGAGAAGCCAAAGACAGGAUUAUGUUGGUGCUCGACACAAAGAGUAACAGAGUGACGCUGAAAAUGGACGUGUCCCACACGGAGCACUCCCAUGUGAUCGGCAAGGGCGGCAACAACAUCAAGAGGGUGAUGGAGGAGACGGGCUGCCACAUCCACUUCCCAGAUUCCAACAGGAACAACCAGGCGGAGAAAAGCAACCAGGUGUCCAUCGCAGGACAGCCAGGAGGGGUGGAGGCAGCUCGAGUUAAAAUCAGGGAGCUGCUCCCUCUCGUGCUGUCCUUCGAGCUGCCAGCCAUCAUGCAGUCGGACCCCAGCUCGCCGAGCGUGCAGGCCAUCUCGCAGACCUACAACCUCACCGUGUCCUUCAAGCCCCCCACGCGCCUCUACAGAGCCACCGGCGUGGUGCGUGGAUCCCAAAACAACGCCAAUGCCGUUAAGAGAGGCACGGCCCUCCUGCUGGAGCACCUGGCAGGCAGCCUGGCGAACACCAUCUCGGUCACCACACACCUGGACAUCGCACCCCAGCACCACCUCUUCAUGAAGGGCCGCAACGGCAGCAACAUCAAGCACAUCACCCAGAGAACGGGGGCCCAGAUCCACUUCCCGGACCCCAACAGCCCCCAGAAGAAAUCCACGGUCUACAUCCAGGGCACCAUCGAGUCGGUGUGCCUGGCUCGGCAGUACCUCAUGGGUUGCCUGCCGCUGGUGCUCAUGUUCGACAUUAAAGAGGACGUGGAGGUGGAGCCUCAGUGCAUCACGGCCCUCAUGGAGCAGCUGGACGUCUUCAUCAGCAUCAAACCCAAGCCCAAGCAGCCUAGCAAGUCUGUAAUAGUCAAGAGUGUGGAGAGGAAUGCCGUGAACAUGUAUGAAGCCCGAAAAUUCCUCCUGGGUCUCGAGUGCAACGGGGUGUCCUCUUCUCCGCCCUCGGUGGCAUUGAACCCCGCCGCCAACGGGCCCUCGCCGUCCCUCAUGUGCCCCGUUGGCCUGGACAUCCUGGCCUCAGCUGGCCUGGGGCUCAGCAACCUGGGCUUCCUGGGUGCGACGGCGUCCCACUCACUCGCCAACUCGGCCGCCCCCAACACUGUCCUGAACACCUUAAACUCCUCCAUGAGUCCUCUGCAGGCCCCCAGCACCCCAACACCCUCCCUGUGGCCCAGCUCGCUCACCAGCACCCAAGCCUUCUCGUCCCAGUUGAUGCUGCACCCGGCCACCCAGGCCACCCUGAGCAGCAUCCUGCUAUCAGGCGUGCAGGGCUACACGCAGAGCACGCCGUCCCCUCCGCCGGGCCUGGCGCCCAUCGACAAGCAGCCCAUCAACGGCGUUCCCGACUGUGCCAAGGCGGCCUGCGCACUCAACGGUCACGUGAAGCAUCCUGGUUCCGUCUACGGGAGGAUAGCCACAGCGUCACUUGCCGAGACGGUUCUGAGUUCAGCUCCGUGUGACUCGGUCCAAGAGGCCAGUGGACACAAUCCAUCAGAACCACUGUCCAGCAAGUCCAGCACAGAUGAAGGCUCUGACACAUUUGUGGAGGUGGGCAUGCCGAGGAGCCCCUCUCACUCGGCCAACGGCAGCGAGCUAAAGCAGAUGCUGGCGUCAUGCAAGACAUCGUCGGGAAAGCGACAAGCGGUGGAGCUCCUGCAGGGCACCAAGAAUUCCCACCUACAUUCCGACUGUCUCCUGUCGGACGCCGAGUCGAGUUCUUCGGACAGUCCCGUGGCCGACAAGAGGGCGCCGGGCAGUGAGCGGGCGGCUGAGAGGGCGGCGCAGCAGAACGAGAGAGAGAGAAUCCGACUGGGGCCGCAGACCUCCUUCGCCAACAUGCAGGCAUUUGACUAUGAACAGAAGAAGCUGCUGGCAACCAAAGCUAUGCUGAAGAAGCCCGUGGUGACGGAGGUACGGACCCCAACUAACACGUGGAGUGGUCUUGGUUUCUCAAAGUCCAUGCCGGCAGAAACCAUCAAGGAGCUGAGGAGAGCCAAUCACGUGUCCUACAAGCCCAGCAUGAGCACCACCUACGAGGGUUCCCCGCUGUCCUUGUCGCGGUCCAGCAGCCGGGAGGGCGUGGCCAACGGCAGCGACUCCGACAACUGGCGGGAGAGGAACGGCACGUCGAACGGGCUGCAGGCCCACGCCGAGUUCCCCGCCGCCGUGAGCAGCCCGAAGAGGAAGCAGAACAAAUCUGCUGCGGAACAUUACCUGAGCAGCAGCAACUACAUGGACUGCAUCUCGUCAGUGACGGGUAGCAACGGCUGCAGCCUGAACUCCUCUCUCAAAGGUUCUGACCUGCCCGAGCUCUUCAGUAAACUGGGCCUGGGGAAGUACACGGACGUCUUCCAGCAACAGGAGAUCGACCUGCAGACAUUCCUGACUCUGACCGACCAGGACCUGAAGGAACUGGGCAUCACCACUUUUGGCGCCCGCAGAAAAAUGCUACUGGCCAUCUCAGAACUUAACAAGAACCGGCGGAAGCUAUUCGAGCCCCCCAUCAGGUCCUCCUUCCUGGAAGGGGGAGCCAGCGGUCGUCUCUCCCGUCAGUUCCACGCCGACAUGGCCAGCGUCAGCGGGAGGUGGUAGGCACUCGCAGAACCGUCCGAACCUGGAUGCCACUUUUCUCGGCCUCUUUUGGACUCAGACUUUUCCACAGUGUUGCUGCCAUAUUGUAUGAAUGAGAAGCCAUAGCUGUCCGACCAACGUGGAAAGACGCUCUUCCUGAGGUCCUGUCCCCCGUGUUAGGGCCUUUAGGAAGCAACACGGAACUUCGGCGUUCUUUAGGGUACUGCAGAAGGGAACAGGCGGAACGAUUUAGUCGGAUCCUUUUACUUCCAGUGACGCGGCCGCAGCUGUGUCAGUGACAUGCACUUUAAUACUGCUAGACGUUUGCCUGUGAAAGCCUUCAUGAUAUGAAGGCCAACUAUGCAUUGUUUUUGCUCUCAAGCCAAAUAAAUGUUAGCACUUAGCCUGGAUGAAGUGCAAAGUAGGUCUGCAAGGUCAUCGUGCCUGUCCUGGACUCCAGAAAGGCUUUUGAUUGGUUGGUUCAGUGUUGAUGCUCAGCCGCCAUCUUGUGUGUAUUUCUGCACCAAAUGAUUUUAAAAAAACAACAAUUUUGUACUCAUUAUUCUACAAUGUUAAGGGAAGGGUGGGGAUGUUUAAUGGUAAUCAGUUUACAUGUGUAUUUUUUAUACCUAAUGAAUGAUCCUUUUGUGUUAUUGUUGUCAUUUCAUGUUAUUUCAACAGCAGGUUCUUGUCUGUUUGUUUAUAGCAAACCGUUUUUUUUUUUGUCAGCGUCGGCCUCAAAAUCUCACAAUGCAGUCCCCCCCAUGUUUCACAAGCGAGGGGGCUUUUGUAGCGGCAAGUGCCAGUGUAUUGCAGUUAAGCCCAAAGUGACUUUAGUGAAAUGAUAUUUGUUAAAAUGGGAACUUUUGGGGCUGGAAAUGACACAAGACAGUAGCAAAUUACUGGAAGAAGUUGCGUUGGCCCUGUUAAUGAAAAAUAUUGGCCAUUUCUAUUAUGUACUAAAUUAUUCAUAUAACCAAAUAUAGAAAAAUAAUCAUGAAUACGUUCAAAUAGAUAUUUUCUAAUCAAUAUCCCAAUAUUUUGAUAACAGUUGAUAUUUUCUUGUGUCAUUUUAUUCUUUAAAAUGGUUAUCUUCCGGUUGGAAAUGUCGCUUUUUUUUUUUUAUAUAUAUCUGAAAAAUGUUAAAAAUUCUAAUAAAUAAAUGAAACAGCAAGUAUUUUUAACAAUUCAUAUAUUUUGAUAUCACAAGUCUGCCUUUUCCUUUUCAUUUCAACUAUUUUUUUUAAAUGGUGCACUUUAUUAUUUACAAAAUGAUCCAUAUGCCCAAAUAUACAACAAUAAGAAUGGACAAAAAUAGCCAACUACCCUAUCCUCUUAGUCUUGGCCUACUUUCUGGUCAUUCCCAGCCACAAGAUAACCAAUAAACAAAAGAAAAUAUCAACACUUUAUUUACAAAUGAUUUAUUUGCCUGAAUGUAAAAAAAAAAUAUAUGAAAAAAAUCAUAAAAAAGAAAUGAAAGUAGCAAAUAUUUUUUUGUAAUUGAUAUCACAAUAUUUAAAUAUCACAAUGUUAAAUCUUUGUGUUUAAGUCUAUAUCAAACUAUUUUAAAAAAGACACGCACACUAAAUCAGGGGUGUCCAAAGUCUGGCCCGGGGGCCAUUUGCGGCCCGCAGCUAUAUUUUUAUUGGGCCGCGGCACAAAUUCUAACAAUAUCAUUCAACAAGAAAACUAGAAAAAAAGGAAAAAUCAGCAGUAAUCUUACAAGAAUAAAGUCCUUACAGUCAAUAAUGUCCAAAUAUUAUGAAAAUAAAUUGAAAAUAGGACGGUAAUAAAGUCAUAGUAUUGCAAGAAAAUGUACAAGAAAGUUGAAAUAUUUGGAAAUUUUAAAAAAAAACAGCAUAAAUGGAAAAAUCUGUAAGAAUUUUACAAGAAUAAAGUCAAAACAUUAAGCUACAAAAGUUGUAUUGUAACAAGAAAAAAUUAAAAAUGUUACAAGAAUAAGCUUGUAAUAUUCAAUGCCAGUAGUAUCAAGUAGAAAUAUUACCCUUUUUUUUAUUAGUUUGUUCGAAAAAGUUGAAAACGUUAAUAUAGUAUUAUGGGAAUAAAUUCAAAAUAUUAAAGAAAUAAAGUCAUAAUAUUAUAAGAACGUCUACAAUUGAAAUAUUUAGAAAAUUGACAGCAAAAAUGGGGGAAAAAAGAGCAAAGAGUGAAGUUGAUACCAAUGAUAGGCUUUUUCACUGAUAUCACAAAGCUGAGAUGAAGUUUUCUCUUGAAGUAUACAUAACUUAGCAUAUCGAUAGCAUAGCACAUCAACAUGUGUUGCCUUGCGGCCCUCUUCACUACGUGGAAAAAGUUUGGACACCCCUGCACUAAACUGUUCAUAUGCCUGAAAACAGAAUAAUAUAAUGAAACUGAGAAUAAUAAAAAAUAUAUAUAUAUAAAUAGCAACAAUGUUUUGACCUAAUAUCCCAAUUUUGAUUUCAUGUCUUAUUUCUUUUUCCUGUGUCUUGGGUUUGUGCCACAUUGUUGCAUCAUUUCCAGCCAGAAGAUAACCACAUCGCAAAUCUAAUAAAAAGCCUCAUAUUUGGCCAGGGUAUACAUUAUUUUGGGUUUAACUGUGCAUCUUUCUGUAAAAAAAUCAAAUAAAAUCAAUGAAAAAAAAGCCAUGAAAACCUGCCUUAGCUCCAUUUCAUGAAGCAAGAUGCAUGCAUGCAUGCAUCAAGUGUGCUUGGAAAGUGUCCCAAAACUUUCAUGAACUUUGCAUAAGAAGAUAUCCCAAGUGCAAUUGAGAGUAUUUGUGAUGUUUUUGUGUUUCUGUUCUUUAUUAAAACUAGAAUCAGUUUACCGCUUUACCAGCAUGGAAACUUUGGACAGGAAACACCAGCAGCAAAACAAACCAGUGCCUCGCUUUCACUGCAAUGAUUCCCGUCAUACUUUCAUUUUUCUUGAUUUUUUUUUUUUUUUAAACCACAUUUGCCUCCUUGUAUGUGAUUUGAGCCAUUGUCAAUGUGGUUGUCACGUUUAAUAGCAUUGUCUGACAUGGUUGCUGAUGCCAACCAGGUAAUUUUCUUUUUUUUUUUAUUUGAUAGAAAGGAAGAUUUGAUCCCAGUCCUAGUCGGGCCUGACUCACAGUGGCACUCCGCUAUGUUGUGACUCGUGUUCUCGCCUACAGCAGACAUUUGUUGUCCUCCCACCUUCUUGCGGAAGGUUUUAUUUUUGCCUUUUACGGAUGAUGAAGGGACGUUUACUGAGUAGCCACACAACCAUCUCUCUGUGUUUGUACUGCAGUGUCAUGUCAGAAACCACUAAGGAAAGUAUGUAACGUUUGUGCAACGUCUUAUGUCAAGAAAGCUUCAAUUCUGUGAGGAUUUUGUGCAUAAUUGGCCAAAAGCUCUGUUCUUGCCAGUGGUAUCUAGAAAAAAAACCUCAUUGGAUAAGCCGUCAAUCAGGCAAAAACAUUGUCGACAUUAUGAAGGUAAUAAAUAUAUGCAAAAUCUUUCUUUGCUUAUCUUCUUUGUCUUUGUCUGUCUGUGAAAUAUUCCAUCUGAUCUGCCGUUAUCUUAAAUAUUCU